UCCCUAUAUCUUUCCAAUUGGUUCAUAAUUAAAACAAGAAAAACUCGUUUCAACGUCAUCUCCCAACAACAAUGAGUGCUGCCAAUUCUUCAACUGGAUGUCAAGAAUUUCUUAAGGAAACUAGAUAUGCUUCGCCUGCGAACUUGCUGAUUAGUAUCCAAUCCUUUUCAUUAUUUUCAAAGUCUGUAAUUGACAAGUAUGAAUCAAGGUCAUUUGAAUCUGGAGGCUAUCAAUGGAAACUGAUAAUCUACCCCAAUGGAUACAAUGGUGAAUGCAACAGCCUUUCCGUACACUUCUCCAUUGCUGACUCUGAUUCACUCCCGGUGGGGUGGGAGGUUAACGCUGUCUUUGCCUUCUUUAUACACAAUCAAAUAAAGGAUAACUAUGUCUGCUUUCGAGGAGUGACUCGUCGCUUCAAUGCCGUUAUUCAAAGAUGGGGAUUUUCCAAACUAAUCUCUAAGGAGACUCUGAUGAAUCCUACUAAUGGUUAUGUUGUGGGUGACAAUUGUGUGUUUGGUGCUGAAGUUUUAGUCAUCAAAAGUAAACGUGUCAACGAAUGUCUGAGGUUGGUAAAAGACGCGGCUUCAAUUAAGCGCGAAUGGAAGAUUCCUAACUUUUCGAAGCUAGGGGAUAUUUGGCGUUCGGAAGAGUUCGAUGUUGGAGAAUGCAAAUGGAAAGUUAAGCUCCAUCCAAAGGGACAACAUACGCUGCCCAAAAACGAGUACAUGUCGUUGUUUCUUGUCCUAAAGAGCCUCCCUCCUCAUCAAAGGGUGAAGGCAGAGGUUUUGAUGAGCAUCAAAACCAAUGAUUCAAGCUUCUCUAAAAAAUAUACACAUUGGUUUAAAAAUUCAAGUGAGGAUUGGGGAUUUAGUAAGUUUAUAUCGCUUGCUGAUAUUAGAGCUAAAGGCUUCCUUGCCGAUGACUGCUGUUUUCUGGAAAUUGAAAUCACGGUGCAAGCUAUUGUGCGUGAAGCACUUGAAUUCUAGCUUUAAAUAUUCUUAUCCAUUUUUAUUUAUUGGACAAUUCGUAUUUGAUUUG